CUGAUGAGAGGGAGAGUCGAACCACCUAAAUCUGUAGGCAGACAAAAGGCGGAAUAAUUGCUACUUUUGUGCUCAACAUUAUCCAAAUGUUGUGUGACUUAAUGUGUGAGUCAGAAAGGGUAGGAGACAAAGAGAAUGUGUUUGUGUAAAUGUAAUAUUGUAUGUACCAGUGCCACAGAUGUGCACUGUAAAGCUACAUUAUGGUUGAUGAAAGAACGCGGUGCUAUGUUUGCACAUUUCUCUUUCCUCUUGUUUUCAUUUGUAUGCUCACUCAUAUUUGUGUGGUGUGUGGGUGCAUGUGCAUGCGUGUGUCUACAGACAGAGGAUGGAGAAGAGGAGAGCCCGCUGGAGACCUCGACCUCUUUGGAGCUGGAGUUUGUGGAGGAUCCCAAUUUUAAAAACAAGGUCAACUACUCCUCCAGUGCGGUCCAGAUUCCUACAGACAUAUACAAAGGCUCCCCAGUCAUCCUAAAUGAGUUAAAUUGGACCCAGGCCCUGGAAAGGGUCUUCAUUGAAAACCGUCGGGAGGACAGCUCUCUGCGCUGGCAGGUGUUUGGCAGUGCCACAGGAGUGACUCGAUACUACCCAGCCACACCAUGGAGAGCACCCAACAAGAUUGACCUGUAUGAUGUCCGCAGAAGACCAUGCUUGUCCCCCCCAGUUCUCACCCCUCAGACCACUAGGGGCAUGGCCCAACACUUCCUCAGUAAACCUGACCCCGGAUAUUUUGAAUCACUGCUGCCAAACAGUUUUGAGUCUGAAGGACAUGUAUUCAUUGCUCCCAGGGAAUACUGCAAUGAACUGGAACUAUCCAACAACAACACCGAGUUCCUGCUCAACUUCAUUGCUCUCAUGGAGAAGGUGACACCGGACUCCAAACAAUGCGACAAUUUGCUUCUUCAUAACCUGAUUCUGGACACUGGCAUCAUACGGCAGCUGGUCGAUAAAGUGUGGAAGAAUAAAGACUUGAACACAUAUGGCUUUCUGGCCGUGUUUGCUACCACAGAUGGAGGAGUUACAAGAGUGUUUCCGAACAAGGCUGCAGAAACCUGGGAGGAAAACCCUGAGCCGUUUAAUGCCAGCUAUUACCGCCGCAGUCUUGACAACAAGGGCUACAUUUUCCGAGCGCCUUAUCGUACAGCCAGAGAUGAGCUGCUGAAUCCAGAGAACGACACUAUAGGGAUCCUGGUCAGCACAGCUGUGGACAUCACAAUAGGAGGGAAGACCAUCAAACCCGCAGUGGUCGGAGUGAAACUGGAUCUUGAAGCCUGGGUGGAUAAGUUUAAGAUUCUUGCCAGUAACCAUACAGACAGUCGCCAAGGCUCAAACACGUGUGGACCAAACAGAGGCUGUGAAAUGGACUGCGAAGCCAACAGUGAUGAUCUCCUGUGCUAUUUAAUAGAUGAUGGUGCUUUCCUAAUCAUGUCUAAUCAGAAGGAAGACUGGAACAAGGUGGGCAUGUUCUUCAGUGAUGUUGACCCGUAUCUGAUGCACGCGCUCUACAACAAUUCUUUCUACAACCGCAAGCAGUCAUUCGACUACCAGUCAGUGUGUGAACGGAUGCCUAACAGCGAAGCUGGAGCUGCACGCAGAGGGGUGUUUGUGCCCACAAUUGCAGAUUUUUUAAACCUGGCUUGGUGGACAUCAGCAGCUGCAUGGUCUUUGUUCCAACAGUUUAUUUAUGGACUGGCUUAUCACAGUUGGUUUGUCAGAGAUGAGGUGGAUGCAGAUGGAAUCGACUCCAAAGAGCGGAGUUGUGUAAUGAUCCAGACCCAGUACUACUUAAGUAAUCUCAGCAGCUCCUACAACAUACUCCAAGACUGUGGCAACUGCUCCAGGCUGAUUCACGCCAAGAGGAUAAACAACACCAACUUGCUGUUUGUGGUGGCAGAGAAAAUGCCAUGCAACACCUGCGAGAUAGAGAAGCUGUCCCAGGAGGAGGAGGAGUUCAAGGAGGAAAAUCCAUGUGAAGAAAUGGCUGUUGCACGCUAUCGAAAAGGACCCUCUACCUGCUUUGACAACAACAUAUCUGAGAACACGUCGGACUGCGGGCGAGGCCACUCCUUCCGUCCGUCCUUCUACAACUUACUGCUCAUUCAGCUGCUGCUGCUUUAUCCCGCCGUCAGCCCCCACGUUCAGUCUCUACUACAUUAAUUUAAUUUUCCUCCACUUGUCCUCCCUCUAGCCCUCCCGAGCUUCUCUCCUGUCCUAAAUCCCCCUCCGUGCCCACCCCACCUUUGAGCCCCCCCACCCCCACUGAUAUAGUCAUAGGUACUUCCCAUCACGGCAAGUUGGAAGCCCUGAGUGCCGCGUUAUCCAGCCCGCUUCAGUUUGUGUCGCUUAGUGACAACUGCCGGACAUUUAUGUUCUCAGCCAGUUAACCUUCAUCAGCAGAAAGAGAGGGUGGUGCCGGACCACCUGGAUCAUCAGAGGCAACGUCAGAAAAGAAAAGACAACCUCCCCACCACCUCCACCUCCCAGAGAAGGAAAGAGGGAAAAGGACAGAUCAAUGUCCUCGUCACAGACCUCCCGCCACACACGAACUGGAGAGUUGAGGGUGUCUGUCUGUCAGACAGACAGUGGGGGACUUCUCCUCCUUCUCCCUCCUUCAUCUCAGAGUCUCGCCACUCCGUCAUUCGCCUUUGGCAAGACGCUGUGGACCAUUAAGCCAGUUAUUGCCACCAUAAAAGAAAAUAACAGAAAAAAAGAACUGUCAUGUAUACAAACGUCAAGUAUUAACUGCUGAAGUGAUGAGUAUUCCAAACAUAUAUUUAGGUUUUAAUUUGAAACGGAAGUCGUUAGGUGUUAACUUAAAAAUAAUUAAUUUAUGCACUAUAUCUACUUGCCAAAAUGAGAUAGACUUUCAUGUGGUCUUAUUUUUAUAGCCAAAACAUGACGAGGAAAUGGCUUCUGAUUUAGAUUUAGGAUAAACCACGAGAAGAAGAGGAGACACUCAGAAACUGAAUGCUGAUACAUUUUUGUGCAGCUCCUGUUUUCAAACUUAAUUAUUAGAUUGAUGCUUUUAAAAGACGUCCUUUGGGGAUUAUUGUAAUUACAUGAUGGUAAUCGCAUUUCUUGAAGUAUUUCUCCUUAUAUUUAGUAUUUAAGGCCAGUGCUAUCUGGCUUACACUCUCGUGACAGCUGUAAAAUAGUAAUCAGUGUUCAGUUCCUGCAGAUGUGGAGAUCGGGAGCAUUGUUGAUGUCGUGUAGUAUUCUCCUUUACGAUCAACUGACCAUUCUGACCUCUGGUUUAGACUGAUGUAUUUAAAAAAAAAAAAAAAAGAAAGAAAAGAAAAGAAACAUCCCUGUGCUCUCUGAUGCGAAAGCUCACCUCUGCCAAUCCUCAUGAGGCUUCUCCAGUAACCUCUACUAAUGUUCCUAAUCACUAUUUGUAUAUGUGCUUUACUUCUGUUCGCACAACAGACACACUUAAGAUCUCUGCCUCAUGACCGUCUCAUAGUAGUUUCAGGUGGGUUUUUGUUUUGGGCAAAUCAUUUUUAAAUUUCCUUUAGACUUGUAUUACCUUCAACUGAUGCUGUUCAAUCUUCAAACCUUUCGCUGCUGGGGGAUAGGGGCUUAUCAACAUUUCCAACUAAAGUGCAGAAGAGGCCACUAAAUAUGGUGAUCACGUGCAGUAGUAGUCUGGUUGUAAUCUGUCACAGUUCGUCAUUUGAUCAUUGCGAUGUGUGAAAAGUCAUUUAGACUCCCAUGUUUAGGAGCCGCUCUGUUUCAUAGUGCCUUGAUGCACUUUGUUUUGGAACGUAUCGGCUGUAUAAGAGUAGAGCUACUGUAUAGUACCUUUAUAAAGCAGCCAUCUUUGAGGCUCAGGACAACACAUGAGCCUGUGAGACUGAAUCUGUUAGAGAAGCUAUAGAAAUAGCUUCACUCAGAGCCGUCGCACCGACUGACUCAAGCAUAAUGUAUUUGCCCUCCAGAGCCGCCUGACUGCCAUCAUAUGGAGUUACUAUACUGUUCCUUUACAAAGCCAUGUAGAGAACUACGAUACACUAUCAGUAGUAUACAGCGACUUAGAGAGUUUUUAGGGCCACCUGACUGCUAUAGUUCUGCCUGAAUCGUAUGUGCGUUUGUGUUUGUGUGUGUGGAUGCGUGUUGAUUUGCAUUAAAAACCCUCAAAGGGAAUGUCUUUUCAAUGAGUUGUGGAGUGUAUGAGGGAUGACAGUUGUGGUAGCAUAGCUGUUUUUUCCUGUUUGUAUGUUGCAACGGACAAAAUCCAGUGUUGUGGAGAAAAAAGGGAUUUUACUGAAACAAAAAAACAAUUCCAUAUUUGACCAUCAGUCUGCUUAUAUAUAUUAAUCUGAGGGAGCAGCGCAGCCCCCUUUGAUUCAGAGGUCUGAAAGAAUGUGUAGUUCAUCAGUGUUUUCUGUUUUAAAUGCAACAUAGUUAACAAAGCCUCUCUAAAUGCCUUAGUGUUACACAGUACGGAGCUCUAAUAGUGUACGUUCUCCCCUCCUCAUGUACACUCUUUCUCACACACACACACACACAUAGAUCCUUCAAAAUAUUCAGUCCCCUGGGUUCUCUUAGUGUUCUGCAGUAAGUAUAGUGAGCUCUAAUUUUGUAUUUUUACGUCUUGGAAUGAUUAGUUAUUGAUUGAUGCCUGUUCGAUUAAAUGCUUGAAAGAGGUGGGAGAUUUUUAAGUUUCAAAGGCCUCCGACCUUAGAUGUUCACACCCACCCAAACCUCACUGUAUCGCUCAGGUGGGAAUAUUCAAGCAAUGAUUUGAGAACCUUAACAACACACUCUGUACAGUUGUUGGUACUAUUUGGUGUGACAAACAUGCUGGCACAGUAACUGCAGCGCUGCUCCGAACAAAUCUGACUCACUUCAAAAAAAAAAAAAAAAAACUUGAGUCUUGUCUGUGAAACUAAUUGAAAAAAAGGAGCAGUGAGGAGUAUUUGUGGCAUCUGAAUACUGAAUACUCCCCCCUACGAGCCUACUGUGGCCACAAAAGAUGCGAAAAGCCCUCUCUAUAGCCAAUGUUCGGUUUUGUCCGUUCUGGGCUACUGUAGAAACAUUGCAGGCGCCAUGAAAGAGGACCCGCUCUCUAUGUUGACAUGAAGGGCUCAUUCAAAGGUAACAAAAACACAAUGAUUCUUGUUUUUGGGAGAUCAUACACUUAAUGAAAAGAAAUUAUACUCCACAACUGCUGAUAGAUCCCUCAAAAUCCUACACACUGGUCCUUUAAAAAGUGUAUUUCAAAUUUGGCUCUUUUUGGCAUUCGGUGCGGGAUGCAGUUUUACUUUUCUGGCAUCAGUUUGUCUCUGUCGUGUGCCAUUAAUUCUGUCCGUUUCCACUGUCUGUAAAUGAACGCUACACGUGCCUGUGGAAAUGUACCCCCUGCAACUUCCUCUCUUCUCCUGGCUCUGUCUGACACGCAAAUAUGUAGGCCACCAGUAUGUGCACGCAGACCUGAACUGAGACAUCAUGCACACACAUACACACACACACACAUAUAUAUAUAUAUAUAUAUAUAUAUACAUAUAUAUAGAAGCAAACAUGUAAUGAUAUCUAUUCAUGCCCAGCUGGGACAUGUCAAGCACUAGGCAGAAGUAAAGCCAAGGACAUCUCUUCCCAGGUGUUUUUUUUUGUGAGCGGGCGGGAUGUCAGAGGCAAGCUCAGGGAGUGGGUCUCCACAGAGCAGCACAGGCCUGUCAAACUGAAGGUCAUGGAGGAAUCAUGUAGUGACAUCUGUGUGUGCAUCCCGACGGGAAAAGUCUUCUGAAAAAGGGACACACAUCUGAUUUAUGUGAUUUGACAAAUUAACUUUUGCCAAAAAAUAAAUGAAUAAAAAAAUAGAAGAAAAAAUAGAAAAUUGGACCAGCUUGGGAUGAAAGGGAGAUGUCCGCCUUUUUUGGACACAAACCCUAGAAUAUGUUGUUGGGGGAAAUGGUGUUCAUGAAGCCCCCUCCCGAGCCCUCGCUGAAUCUGUGUUGGUGCGUCUCUGUGGGAAAGACACGUGUGUAUGUGAUUCUGUAGUCUGUAGUCUGGUGCUAUGUGACCAUGUUUGACAAGUGUGUGAAAAAAAUAACAGCAACAUUUAGAUUUAAAAAAAAAAGUAAAAUCAGUCGAAUUUUGAGUGAAGUAAAAAAUAAAUAUAGGAAUACAGCACUGUUGAUAAGUUUGAGAUCUGAAGUCAAAAUGUUUAAUUUUUUUUUCUUUUUCUUGUGCGUGUGUGAGUGUGAAUGUUUGGUUGC